AUGGCAUCGUUAAGUAGUGAUCUCUUCUACGACAUAUUGAGGCGUCUUGAUGGCCUGACAUUGGCCAGUGCAGCUUGUGCUUGUGCUGCGUUCUGCUCCAUUUCAAAAGAAGAGAAAUUAUGGGAAAAUGUCUGUUCUUCUAUGUGGCCUUCCACGAACAGGGAAGAUGUUAGAAGUUUAAUAUCAUCGAUUGGUGGAUUCAGAAAGUUUUAUGCGGACUGUUUUCCAUUUAUUGUUAACAGGGAAGUAAUUGAGCGUCAAUGGAAUGAUUCCCUGGAGUACCCUGAAGAAUGGACUGACGCUGAAUACUAUGGCGAUGUAGAUGAAUUUGAGAGUGUUGCACCGUCGGAUUUUGUUUCGAUUGUUGAUAUCAGGUACAAGGAUAAAACAAUCUGUUCGAAAGUCCUGUGGGGCAUCCCUAAUGCCAAUGAGUUCAAUGGUUGGUUUUACAACUGUCCGUUUCGUAUUGACCUUCUUACCUAUGCGGCUAGGGAUGAUGACAGUGAAGGUGAAGUUUUCCUUUCAGUUUCUGAUGGUCUGCCCCCAAUUUUAUCAAUGGAGAAAGAAAGAAAGGAUGGGAAACUAUGGAUGGAGCUUUGGGAUGGGCUUCGACUUAACAAAGAUUUUGUGAUACGCUUUGGAUCUGUACUUUCUGCGAAAGACAUUCUUCCACGUCAAGUAGUAGAAUGCAUCCUUAUCAUGAAGUUUAGAGCGAUCCAUACUGAAGGAGAGGGUGUUCAGACAACUCUCAAAUUAACAGAGCUGAGCAUGCAGUUGGAAGACAUGGAAGGCGCUCAUGUCAAUGGAAGAAAUAGUUUGCUUAUUCUCAAGGAAGCAUUGAGCUGCGACAGGAGCAAAAACUACAGUGAAGUUCUUGAGUCUUGUCACUUGUACUCAAAAGCGCAGAGUGAGUUAAAAGAGGAGAAGAUGAGAAACGAAAGCAGGUUAGAUAGGCUUUGUAUCGUAAGUGGCAUUGCUGCUUUCCUCACAUUCUGGUACUACAUUUUGUGA